AUGGCGACUGCACGCAAGAUCCAUCUCUCCCCGGAGACGGACACGGGUAUCUUCAGCUCGGGGGUGAGGGAGGAUACAGCACGGGCGGCCAGUGAGGCUCUGCAGCUGGAUAUGGAGAAGCAUCAUGUUUUCUUUAACGAGCAGGGUUUCCACAAUCACAUCCCCCAUAUGCUUCUCAGCAUCUACGCCCUCGGCGGAACACCCGAGGAUAUCCGCGCGGCUUACGAGAGGAGUCAAUCUUACCAGCGCAAAGCCGUGCCCGUCAAUGCCGAGGUAGUUGAUAAAUUGAACGAGACUGGAGACUUCAAGGAGUAUCUUGGGAAGGGGAAAAAUUACUCGAAUUUCUUGUCGUUCUUCCAGCGCCAGAUUGAUGAGAAGGGCGUGGAUGCUGUGCUCAAUGAAUAUGUUUUUGCUGGGAAUGAACAGGCGGAGAAUAUGCUGUGCCGAGUGUGGGGAGGUCUAAUUCAUCCACUCAUUCAUCUCGGAUUCGGGCUCGAGUUCAAUCAACCUGCCAUCGUGGCCCAGGCCCUUGCGCAGGCUGCGGUUCAUGAUGAUAGUCUUGGUCGUGAUUUUUUCCUGCCUGCUGAGAAGAUGGCAGGUGAAAUUGGAAAGCCGGGAAGCAAGUCCCUCAGACAGCUCUUGGAAGAGAUCCGCAAGGAUGAGAUCUUGUCUCGUUCAGCCAGGACCACGGACGUGAACAAGAUUCGAGACGGCGUGUUGACUCGUGCCCCGCAGGAGAUGCUGAAGUAUGCCGCGCAGUACACGGUAUCAGAAGACCAGCUGGAGGAGAGACUGGCAGAUAUGAUCAACAACGUUGUAUACUACACCAGCGCCGCCCAGCGACCUAACAAGGCAGUCAAACUGGACUUUUUCUUCAUCCACUGCCUCAAUUCAUCCAUCUUCUUCUCGAAGCUCGUACACCUCCCAGCAUUGAGUCAGCAGACCCGGCUGCGCCUUCUAGAGUGGAAAGGCCGCAUGGAUCUACUGAUGUAUGUGUCGCGCGGUUGCCCCGAGCUUCUACGAGACGAUAUCACCAACUACCCUGCGAAAAAUGACUGGACCACCCUCUUUGCCCGCGCCGCAUCACACCCUAAGGAUGAUGGACAUCUGGCCAAGUUUGUGCGCGCGGUCGCACACGGGGAGAAUGUGUGUAAAUCAUUCGAGAGCCAGGGACAACAGGCUAUGCCUGUCUCUGGAAACAUGUGGCUUCAAAUCGGUAAUAUGGCUAUCGACUCCACUGUUGGGGAUGAAGACGCGAUGUGGAUCCGCUCCACUGGUUUUGAUGAGGCAUGGGAGCAUGUCCCCGGACGUGCCCGGCUCUGA